CUGGUGAGACCCAGAGCUGACUUCCUGCUCGGGCUCAGGGCUCAGGCUCAGGGCUCCGGGCGGCCUCUAGGAACCCAGGCUGGGGAGACUGGAAGAAUUGAAUCGGAGGCCAAGCGCAGGCCCAGGCCAGGCUGGGCGGCAAAAUGGCCGGAGAGGGCAGAGAGCUCAGCACCAGGAUGUCCACAGAAACUCAGAACAUGGAAGAAAGGCUUGCCUUUGAGACUGUAUUCAGGCACUUCAAAAGACAUAAAGUGGAGAUUUCAACUGCAAUUAGAAAGACAUUUCCUUUCUUUGAGUGCCUUCGUGACCGCGAACUCAUCACCAAUAAAAUGUAUGAAGACUGUCAAGAUUCUUGUAGAAACCUGGUCCCUGUACCAAAAGUGGUGUACAAUGUUCUCAGUGAGCUGGAGAAGACAUUUAACAGUUCACUUCUGGAAGCAUUGUUCAGCGACGCCAACAUGCAGGAAUAUCCUGAUUUAAAUCAUGUUCGUCAAAGCUUUGAAAAAGCAAUCCAAGAAAAACUUAGUUAUGAAGAGAUCGAUGGAGAAGAGAGGGAGGAGAGGCCUGCCAUCCAACUGAGCCUUGAGCAAGGAACUUCUGGAGGCCUGACUUGGUCUGGGGGAGAAUCCUCAUCUUAUGACGGCAGUGACCUUGGGGCUUCGAUGUCAUGUCUGGCAGAGGCCAGUGCUACAACCAGAGUGGUGGAAGAAGCAGGUACAGCCUCCCCUGAAAAUAGACUCUCAGAUCACCUCAGUGAAAGAGAAGAGAUAAAUGCAAAGAGGAACGAUACACCCAGCAACCAGAACGAUGCACUGGAAAGUCAACAAGCAAAUGAACAAUGUGACCAAGAAUCUGAAUCAUCAGAGUUCUGUGAAGCAGCACCUAUCCAAUCAAAUAAUGCAGAUGCUGGGGAGGAGACACCCAACCCAUUGCCUUCUAACAAAGAAAGAGCAAAGCCAUUCAACCAUGGACUACAAAUCAAUUCCUGUUCUGUCCGUCUAGUGGAUAUAAAGAAAGAAAAGCCAUUUUUUAACUCAGAAGUUCAACUGCAAGCCCAAGCAAGGACUGACUAUAACCAGGUGUCUGACAUAAUAGUGAUCAGCAGUGAGGACUCUGCAGAAUCCAGUGAUGGAGAUGAGUUCUCAGAACCCUCCACGUCAACACCAGGAAGGAUAACUGAUCCGUCAGCCACUGGAAGCAUGUCUAUUUUCAGAAUGAACAGUAGGAAGAGACGGAUGAGAAGUGGUGACUCUACAGACUCGAGUAAUGAAGGAGAACCUCAGGCAACAUCUAGUUCAGCCCUAAGAAAUGGGUCAGAUUCCAUGGAUAUUGGAAGCAAUUCUACUUUGGGAAAACACAGUGGGAAAAGAAGGAGAGAAACAGUCUGCACUGAGUCUUUGAAAACAGGCAGAAAAAGAGGUCCAAGAGCUCUCAGAGAUACAAAUGUGGAUUUUCAAAGUGAGGAGCUUCCUGUGACUUGUGGUAAUGCGAUGGGGACUUUAUACAAGGAGAAAAUGAAAAAAGGCUCCUCAGAAAAGUGUAUAAAGGAUGAGAAUGGAAUGUGGAUCACCCUCAGGCAGUUGGAAAAACAAGGAGGCCGUGAAGCCUCCAGGAACUGGAAGAAGAGUGUGCGCUGUUAUGGACAGACCCUGGAAAAAUUGAUUCAGGAAGGACGCCUACCAAACCCACCAAGAAAAAGGAAAAAGUCCAGGAUGUCUGGAAGCAACUGUAAAAGCAGCAGUGAUGUAGCUGGUAUGGCUAAGAAACUCCAGGAAUUGGAGGCCCAGAGGAAGGACAAAGAGAGACAAAAGGAAGUAACUGCAGAACUGAAGAGAUGCACGAGGCAGGAAAUGGCAAGAGGAUUUUCUUUAUCUGAAGAGGCACCCUUAGUUUCUGAGGCACAGGACUCGGGCGUAGAACGGUACAAGAAGGUUGUAGCAGCCGUUCAGAAUGCAGUCCGAUGCUACCGUGUCAUCCAUGAUGAGAAAAAAACAGCCACUACCCAGACAUCACUGCAUCAUUUUUUAAAGAGAGUAGACAGAAUUGAAUCCAGCAAAGAACCAGAACCUGUGUCAUCAACGUCAGGCGUGAGUGAAAUUGCAGCUUGCCCACCCUCUCCUGUUGCCGAUCCUUCAGCUCUCCCGUCUUCCACCUCCAGUCCCUCCUCCGGUCAGUAACCCUUCUUGCCUGUUCAGUUUCUGCUAGCUGUUGUACUGUACUCCUGCACAUCUCAAGGUACUCUAACUGUACAUUAAAAGUGUUUUCUUUACUUUUUAUGUUUGUUUGCCUUUUCUGUAUUAUUUGUGUGAAAAGUGUUACAAGUUUAUUACAGCACAGUACCAUAGAGUUGAUUGUGUUAGCUGGGUACCUAGGCUAACUUUGUUGGACUAACCAACAACUUGGACUUUCAACAUACUCUCGGAGUGGAGCUCAUUCGGAGGUAGGUGAGUUUCUGUACU